AGCUGGCGCUGCACCAGGAAGCAGAUGACGAGGCCUUCCUGCAGCAAUACCGCAAGCAGCGCAUGGAGGAGAUGCGCCGGCAGCUGCACCCAGGCCAGCAGUUCAAGCAGGUCUUUGAGAUCCAGAGUGCCGAGGCCUUUCUGGAGACGGUGGACCAAGGCGACAAGAAGACGCUGGUCAUGGUCCACAUCUACGAGGACCACAUCCCCGGCGCAGAAGCCCUGGACGGCUGCAUGCUCUGCCUGGCCGCCGAGUACCCCACGGUGAAGUUCUGCCGGGUGCGCAGCUCCCUGAUCGGCGCCAGCUCCCGCUUCACCAGCAACGCCCUGCCGGCCCUACUGGUCUACAAGGGCGGGGAGCUGAUCGGCAACUUCAUCCGCCUGACCGACCAGCUGGGCCAAGACUUCUUCGCCACGGACUUGGAGGCCUUCCUGCAGGAGUUCAGCCUGCUUCCGGAGAAAGACGUGGUGCUCUACACCUCCAUUUGCAACGCCGCCUCUUGCUACGACGACGAGGACAGCGAUUUGGAGAUCGACUGAGAGCCAGAGCCACGGGAGUCCCCGGUCUCUCUCUCUCCCCCCCUUCCCUCCCCUAAGAGUUGGCUCGGGAAGGGUAGCUGUUUACCCUAAAGCCCCCUCACCAAACCCCUCCAGCAGAUUUGCCACUUGUAGCGGCUUCUUUGGCGGUGCCCGUCCCGAGCCGAGCCCUCCUCCUGGGUACUGCGUAGAUUCAGAAAUAGGCCUUUUAGUUUGGAGUCCUGUCACCGCAGCCACCCUGAGGGGAGGGGUCAGCCCCACUGUUUCCUGCGAGAAAGCGAGCCACUCGUCCUUCGCUUCAACCUGACCAACGUCGAGAGGACACCGAUGGUCUCUAGAGUUGGGGGGGGCGCUCCUAGCUCGGGUAUCUUUUUUUCCGUCCCGUGAAAAAUUUUGGGAACCGGCAAUCUCUCUCUCUCUCUCUCUCUCUCUCAAUAUCUCUCUCGAUCUCUCUCGAUGUGGCCCUCCCCCUGGGUUGUCUGUCUGUCUGUCUCUCUCUUUCUCUCUCUCUCCCUUCCUCCCUCGCUCCCUUCCCUAUGUGUCUUGUGCAGAUUGACUGUUGAAGGCUCCUUCAUGCCUAGCGAAACUUAAACCGUGUUUUCUUAAUGCAAUAAAAAAGAUUUAAAAUCGGA